ACCCCCCCAUCUAUAUCAAUGGUGCAUUAAAAUGUUGCACGUAAAAUGCAACAAUUCCACAACAACCCUGUCGUCUUGUCACCAGCUUAUUACUACGGAAAGAAGAAGAGUAAGCGCGUUGGCCGUCCCCCCGGGGGCCACUCCAACCUGGAGGGUGGAGUGAAGAGGAGAGGUAGGAGGAGGAAGAGGAGGAAGCAGCUCUUUGUCCAUAAGAAGAGACGCUCCUCAGCCUCGGUGGAUAACACGCCUGCUGGGUCUCCACAGGGCAGCGGCGACGAAGAAGAUCUGGAUGAAGAUGACUCCCUGAGUGACUCCGGCUCCGACCUGCAGGAUGAUUCUGAACAGUCGAUCGAGAAGUCUCAGCCCGCCACGCCGUGCCCCUCCCCCCCGGCAACACCCAGACCCACACGCCGGCGCAGGAAACCCCGCUCACCCUCGUUCUCCGAUGAUGAGAACCGCCCUCCUUCCCCAAAGACUUCAAAGAUUGAGGCUCCUCCGAAGUUGUGUUUAGACACCAGCCCGCUGGAGUGGAGCGUUACUGACGUGGUUCGCUUCAUCAGGACCACUGACUGUGCUCCUCUUGCUCGGAUUUUCUUGGAUCAGGAGAUUGACGGACAGGCACUUUUGCUGCUGAACCUCCCAACAGUGCAGGAGUGUAUGGACCUGAAGCUGGGACCGGCGAUCAAGCUGUGCCACCACAUUGAGAGGGUCAAGCUGGCGUUUUAUCAGCAGUUUGCCACGUAGCCGCCGGGGAAUGAGCAUGGACCUGACUGCAUACUGUUCUGUGUAUUCAAAAACUGUGAAAAACAGUUUUUUCCAAUUUUGACUUUUACAACACUGGAUGUCCUUUUACUAUCAUGAAUAUACUUUGUUGUGUUGGAAAGGAAUUAAGAGCUACUUUAAACCUCAAAAACGGUUUAGGCGCCCCUUAGGAAAGACACAGCAGGAAACUGAAAAACGGAAGCGAUUCAAGACACUUUGAUGUCUUAAUGAAUUUAAGUUAAAGCAUAUUUCGCAAAAACAAGGCAAGCCAUCAUCAAGGACUUACUUAGUUUUGAUCAAUUUUUUUUAACUUGUGUUUCUUCAGUGUCCCGAAUUGUACUCUUAUAUUUAUGUGGAUGACCAAGUGCCAGUGCUACAACUCAGCCUGUUUUGUCCAUUCUCCCUGACCUGCUGUCUGUACAAGGAAAUACCACUGAAUUACAGCUUUUACUUUUACCUGGAAUAUCUGUUAUCUGCGAUCACUUGGGUCCAAUUUGGUUGAAAAUACGUUCUAGUUGUUUUGGUGCAGAUAAGGCUCGAAGCAGGACAUGACAGAUCUCCUACAUUGAAGCGCUUCAACGCAAACCUUUUCACUAAAUCAAGACUAGUGCAAAUGCUGUAUCUUUAAGCCUUUUUUUAUGGUUUCUAGUUUAGACACAUUUUUAACAAAACUUUUAUCCCAAUAAUCAAGCAAAGAAAGAAAACGGUUUGCAUACAGGUGGAACCAGAAGUUUUGUAGGAUUAUUAGUUUUUUU